CAGAUCACCGUGUGCGCCAGAUGUGACUGGUACCCGAAUUGCUGUCAUUUCCGUUCUACAACGAUAGUUUCACCAUUCAUAGAAGGAAACGCUAGCUGUACAGAUUUUUUUUCGAGACCAUGGGAUGUACAUUUCGUGCACGAUUAAAUCAAAUCUGCUCCAUUUGGUACACUGUUGUAGUGAUAUGCAUUCAAAGCUAUCUACUCUUUCUAGGAUUUGAGAGGUAUAAACUCUAUACGGAAAUGAAAUGGCCGACUGGUGGAUACCCUCACACCUGGCUGACGGUCUAUGUAACCCUCUAUGCUGCGUGUAUCCCACUUUCUUUGCUUUUCUUCUCCUUUGGAUUCUUCAAAUCGGGCAAUAUAGCCGGAGACAACGAAAAACUCGCUGACCGAGAAGAACGUGUCAUUGAGGUUUCACGCAAUCGAAAAGGAGAAAAAUCAGGAUGCCUUCACGGAACGAAGUCAUGCUGGCAGCACAGUCCACCUAUGCCUCAGCAAAUACACGUCGUGACAGCUCUUUGUCAACUACUUGCUCAGCAGUUCAUGAUCUCCCAACUUUACCGCUAUGGUUUUGUGAACUCGGGAGAUUUUCUGAACACGGAAAUGGAUUUCAUCUAUCAACGAGCUCGACAGCUCGCUACGAAUUUGCCAAUGGGUGAAACACGACUCACGGGCUUUCAAAUCACUGCGGACGAGCUGCGCGGUUCUCCCCUUGCUCCUAACCUCUUACCAUUGUUGAUGAAUUUCCGACUUUUUGGAAUUUCACUUGAGUUUGUGAAUUUGAUCGUAGCCCUCAUCGCUUAUGCUUGUGCAUAUCCAGCGGUUUUUUGGCGGGUAUCAAAGCCCUUCAGUUUGACCUUCUCAUUCCACAUGGUGAUUCAUUGUGCUGCCGUUAUAUGGGGAUAUUUGAGUUUUACCGUUUUGUUUCGGAUACAGGAGACCAACUACAACAGCUUGAGACCUGUGGGACUUGGGCAAUACCUCGUGCAAUCACGAAACUGGCCUUUCUAUCACCCCUAUGUGAUUAUCGCCACCUUCGUCGCAUCCUUGGUUCUCAUGGCGAUCGCUCCUGUCGCUCUGUACUCCUAUGGAUACAACAAAUAUUUUGUGAACGUCUUAAAUUUCCAAGCAAAAAACCAUAUUCGCACGGAUAGUUCAGCUGGACAGAGUGAAUACAGUGAAUACAGAAGAAGAAAUUACUCUAGACCUCCAAGCCGCGAACUUUGUUGUGAUGGGUAUGCCCCGCAUACUGUGGCCAUCGUGCUUCUCGUCUUGAUUGUCGUCGUUCGAGCACCCACUAUCUAUGCGCUUAUGAUUCUCUAUCAGCAUGAGGAGAAACCACUACUGUUAACCUGCAUUAUUGUGGAUGUUGUUUACUUAUUUACAUGGAUAUUGUUGUGGUUGAUGUUGACGCUGAAGAGGGAGUGGACAUUCAAUGUGGCCCACAAAGCGCAUCAGAUCUAUGCCUUGCAGAAAGGCCUAACAACCGGCCAUAUCAAAGGAAACGAGAAUCCGUCGCAAUUGAAAAAUUCACUUAUUGUUAUGCAGAAGGAUCAUAUGUUUAUUACCGAUGACCAAGCAGCAAAGCAAUCUCUUCUUCGACAUAUCCAGCGAGGACAUUUUGAUGCUCCGGAUGAAAUCGUCCUAUGGAGGACUCCUCAUUCUACACAGCUCAUAACUACGGCACUUAUGCCAGAAUGCCACCACAGAUCACCGUCUGCGGAGAGAAGCCUCGCGAACGCAACGCAAGGCUUGAGCGACGCGGUCACGAGGGCCCAAGUCUCUGAAGGUGUCACACUAAACCGAAUCGCAACGUUUCGACCGGAUCGACGACUGUGCGGCACACGUCUCACUUCCUCGAACGGCAGUUCCGAAGCUAACAAGACCACUUGCGAAAGUGUUCAGAUGAUUUGCUCUUACAGUGUCCAAAAAAAUGAGACUUGUUGUCGGUCGGUGCUUUUCCCUAGAACUUUUGUCUCUUUUGCUGAGUCUAGCAUCAUUUCUCGAUUCCCCUUUGACCCUUAUACGAAAUAUCCGCACAGCUCGAAGCUGGAGGGAACCAGCUUUUCUUUACUCACCUUCUGCUUUGGCCUUGCUACACGUGUCGUAAUUUCAGUGCAACUGAAAAGUUUGAAGAGUUGUGCCGCUCAAUCAUCCUUUGGAGAAGUUAUGAGCGAUAGUUUCCUCAGAUUGACCGUCUGUCACGUAAUGGAGUUUGCGGUUUUCAACGACAAGUUGUUAGGGGCGCUUAAGGGUCCACUUGUGGAAAGCUCACUUCGACCAACGGUCCUUCCCUUCGCUCUUCAACCAAUUUAUCGAAAAGGCUCAGCGGAUUCCAUGACUAUCAUCUGGGAUAAACGAGAGCUUGAAAACCUCUCAAAACAGUUGUUUGUUGAAGUAGAUUGA